UGAGAGGAGAAGAGAGACUCUCUCUCUCACCUUUACCUACCCCACGGCGGCUUCACCAAACCAAACCACGAAAUCAAUCAAUCGUAAUGGUAUUGUUCAUCAUAGUCUUCUUCUCCACCAACCCAAUUGCUCCCCUUCAACUCUCUCCCCCCUCCUAACCCGAGACUUGUUAUCUUAAUCCGAUUCCCAUGGCUUCCAACACCAUUUCUCUUUCCAUCUCUUCCAACGUCGCCGCCUCCAAGAAUCUCAACUCCCUUCAAAGCCGUCGCUUCAUUGCUCCCCCAACCAUCUCCUUCCCUGCUAAGUCUAUCCCUGGGGAACUCUCUUUCUCUUCCACGUCUCUUUCCCGGUCUCCUGUGCGCGCCGCUGCUAGCCAGCUUAUGAACGAUCAACGCUCCCUCGCUUCUUCCCCCACAACCGUCGACGUUGAUUUGGGUAACCGGAGUUAUCCCAUCUAUAUCGGCGCCGGCUUGCUCGAUCAGUCAGAACUUCUUCAAAGGCAUGUCCACGGGAAGAGAGUGCUUGUGGUCACCAAUGAGCGUGUUGCUCCUCUAUACCUUGACAAGACUAUUGAUGCUUUAACUAGAGGAAAUCCCAAUGUGACUGUCGAGAGUGUUAUUUUGCCUGAUGGCGAGAAAUACAAGAACAUGGAUACUCUCAUGAAAGUCUUUGACAAGGCCAUUGAGUCUCGCCUUGAUAGACGAUGUACAUUUGUUGCCCUUGGAGGUGGUGUCAUAGGCGAUAUGUGUGGAUAUGCUGCUGCCUCUUACCUGCGUGGUGUUAAUUUCAUCCAAAUUCCUACCACUGUUAUGGCACAGGUUGAUUCUUCUGUGGGUGGCAAAACAGGCAUAAAUCAUCGUCUUGGAAAGAAUUUGAUCGGCGCAUUCUACCAACCACAGUGUGUGCUAGUAGACACUGACACGUUGAACACAUUGCCAGAUAGGGAGAUGGCGUCAGGCCUAGCUGAAGUGAUCAAAUACGGGCUUAUCAGGGAUGCCGAGUUCUUUGAAUGGCAGGAGAAUAACAUUGAGGCGUUGCUAGCAAGGGAUCCAGCGGCAUUAGCUUUUGCUAUAAAACGAUCAUGUGAAAACAAGGCAGACGUUGUGUCACAAGAUGAGAAAGAAAGCGGCUUGCGAGCAACCCUGAAUUUGGGUCAUACAUUUGGCCAUGCCAUAGAAACUGGCUUUGGUUAUGGAGAGUGGCUCCAUGGAGAAGCUGUUGCAGCUGGCACGGUAAUGGCAGUGGACAUGUCAUAUCGUCUUGGUUGGAUCGAUGAAUCAAUCGUUAAGAGAGUGAACAAGAUCCUAGAACGGGCGAAAUUGCCUACAACACCGCCAGAGAGCAUGACCGUCAGCAUGUUCAAGUCCAUAAUGGCGGUGGACAAGAAAGUGGCAGACGGACUGCUGAGGCUCAUUCUUCUCAAAGGCCCGCUGGGAAACUGCGUUUUCACGGGAGAUUAUGACCGGGAGGCGUUGGAUGCCACGCUCCGUGCAUUCUCCAAAUCCUGAACAUUUCCUGUUUGUGAUGAUUUUGGUGUUAUUUUGUUCACAUACACGCAUAUGUAAUCAUGUAUACCAACAACCUUGUAACUAGCUUUGUGGAAUGUGACAACAAUGAGCUUUUAAAAAAAGUUACCACCUUGUAAGCUUAA